AGCUGAUUGUCAAAGUUGACAAAAUAAAAUAUUAUUUAGUUUAUUAGGUUAUAAAAUUGUACUAAAUAAUAAAUACUCAGUGUCUAAAUAAAAUGAAUACACGUUAUAUAUUUCGCUCACUGAGCAGACCUGUGAUUUUAAAUAUGUGUAAAAGGCAUAAAGGAUACAAGAUUAUAAAGCGUCCGGACCCCAAUACUUUAAAAAUGCCUAAUCUCAGUGACGCACCGAGUAUUAUGGAUAUAAUUAAAGAAAAAGUUCGGUUAAAUGGACCGUUAACUGUUGCCGAAUAUAUGAACAUUGUUAUAACAAAUCCUACAGAAGGUUAUUAUAUGAAAAAGGAUGUGAUUGGUGAGACAGGAGACUUUAUAACUUCACCGGAAAUUAGUCAACUGUUUGGUGAGAUUUUAGCGAUCUGGUUCUAUGCAGAAACUCAGAAAAUGUGUCUUGGCAAGCCACUCCAAAUUGUCGAACUAGGACCAGGAAAGGCUACAUUGUUGAUAGAUUUGUUAAGGGUAUUAAAUCGUUAUGGAUACAAAGCUAAUGAUCUUAGUCUUCACCUUGUAGAAAUAUCAUCAACAAUGCAGCUGUUUCAAGCGAACAGGUUGUGUGCUACUCAUAAAGAGACUGAUUUAUCUCUACCAUACAAUUAUGAGGGGGAAACAGUGAGCGGUAUAAAAGUCUAUUGGUACAAUGAUUUAAAAAAAGUACCCAACAAUUUUUCAUGGUACAUUGCCCAUGAAUUUUUUGAUGUCUUACCUAUACAUAAGUUUGAAAAAACAGAAAAUGGAUGGCGGGAGAUCCUCAUAGAACUUGAUGAGAAUGAAAAAUUGCAAUACCGAAUAGCAGCCAAUGAGACACAGCCUGUUAGAACGUUAGUCAGGCCGCCAUUAGAUGCUGGAGACAGGAUGGAACUCGAAAUCAGUCCUAGAGCUUUAGGUAUCGCGAGACAACUCGCUACUAGAGUAGACCAGUAUGGAGGACUUGCAUUAAUAGCUGACUAUGGACACAACGGAGAGAAAGGAGACACUUUUAGGGCAUUUCACAAACACAAAAUUGUAGACCCGCUAGAGAAUCCUGGUAAUUCAGACCUAACGGCUGAUGUGGAUUUUAGUCAACUGAGGAUAUCUGCGUCAAUGUCACCAGGAGCGGAAAAUUAUGCUGUAGUUCUAGGACCGGUCAAACAGAUGGAGUUCUUAGAACGAAUGCAAGCUAGAGUUCGAUUACAGGUAUUAAUUGAUAAUGCUAAAACUGAAGAAGAUAAAGAGAAAAUCAAGGCAUCAUAUGAAAUGCUGGUCGAUCCAACAAAAAUGGGGGAAAGAUUUAAAUUCAUGGCAUUUUAUCCUUCUGCAAUGGCCAGUAUAUUAGAAAAGAUACCCCCUUUGGGAUUCUCAACUCCUAAAAAUAGUAAUUAAAAAUGACAUCAAUACCAAAAUAUUCGAUCUAAGUCUUUAAGUUUGUAUUUAUUAGGAAAAACAAUUAUAAUGCAAAAU